AUGAAGUCACCAUCGGUGGCUCGUGAAGAGCGACGCCAAGGUGGCCUCGGUAACCACCUCGCAGUCACCAAGGGCACGUUCGGGACGCAAAAUUAUUUAUCUCGAGAAACCCUCCUGACUAUUCUAUCCUCAGAACAACCUUCUGCCCAAGAGCCUGCCGCCGAAGAAUCGAUUAUCUUUCCCCGCGAAAGACUCUACUUGCUCAAACAGAAGCUACUAAACAUGCCUGCCCGUCCACGAUCGCCUGUUCGACCUUCCCCUGCCGACAUUUCGCCAAUCUCUGUCAACGAGGAAGAGUCCAGCUUCCCAUUCAAAACCAGUGGUCAGACUGAGAUCGACGACAACGAGAUGGAGGAUAUACAGAUGGACAAGGGCAAUGGAAGAGCCAAGAUUGACGACCACUCCACGACUGCUGAGGUGGAUCGCAAAUCAGCCUCUACCAACCCUGUCCACGGCACAGCCCUCCCCUCCACCCAGACUCGCAACAUUGCCAACCUCUCGGCUCAAGUUCCUACCACUGGUAGUUAUGCCAUGCCACCUCGCAACAUGAACGCGUCAGGCUUCAUCAACCCCAUCGCGUCAAACCCCAACCUCCAAGGCUCUACCCAAUCUGCUGCCAUGAUGGGAACCUCUCGCGUGGGUCCACUAAUAACCAACGUCGAUGCCUUCAUCGAAGAUAUCAUGACCUGCGGCCUCCACUUCAUGAGCCAGUUGCGGAACCGUGACGAUCUCGGUGUUGAUCCUGCUGUGCGUCAGCUCCUCUUGGAUCCGCUUCCAAGGUGGCAGAAGCCAGUCAUGUUCGCCGAUGCCAUCAACAUUCCUCCUGAGAUCUACAAGUACUUCUACCUCUUGACUUUCCAUGUCAACAAGGUCAUGGCGACUGCCUACAUCUGGAUGGACCUUUACUGUAACUGCGACAUCUACAUCUCCUGGAACACCAUCUGCAAGAUCCAGCAAGACCUGUUCCGUGACGGCAGAGAGGCUCUCGGCUGGGCGCACGGACUGCCAAUGUACCAGCAAACACCCGAGGUUCAGCACUACGUUCUCGGUCUGAUGGCGUCUACCAAGAUGUUGGAGAUGUGGGGCAAGACCUCUGAUGGAAUCAAGUGGCGCAAGGAAAUGGAGGAGUUGCUCGAGGGAAAGGAGACGAGUGACUUGACCACUGGUGAGCGCAUGUUGAGACGUGUCGACUUUCCCAGCUGGCGUGACGCCUUGGACUCGAACGGCACCUGGCUCAUGAUCAUUAACCAGCGUUUCCAGUAG